AUGGUCUGCUAGCCAGCACUAGUAUUUCAUCUCAAAGUCUUCAGAGUAAUUACGGCCUUUCAUCUGAAGACUGGGAAAUUUAUAAAACUUGCUACCUUAACAAAAAAAAGAAAGUCAGGAAGGACCGGACAAGCCGGGGGGAGGGUGAGGUAAGGGGGCAGAGUAGUGAGGAAUAUGUGGAUGUACCAGAGUGGGGAACAUUUGAGGGGAAGGCCUCCAGGGUCGUGAUGGAGGGGACAGAGGCUGGUAUUAGUAUGAUGGAUAUGCUAAAUGGAGGUGAGGAGAAUGUAUGUGAGGUGGGAGUGAAUGUGGAGGAGGUUAAGGGAGGAGGAGGGAAAAGUACAGGGAAUGCUGUGGAAUAUGUGGUGUCACAAGUAGGCAGAACUUGGCUAGAACCCAUCCAGGAGGAAGACCUUGAGGAAGAUGAAGAAACAGAUGAGGAGCUUCAGGAAGCAGAAGACACAGUGGACAGUUGGCAGUGCAUGGCGGCAUAUGUAGCCAGAAUAUGGCUGCAGACUUUACAGGAAGAUAGACCUGAGGAAAAUGAAGAAGCUGAUGUGGUAUUCCAGCAGGCAGAAGAUGCUGAUGCUACCACACUGGUCAGGUUUCAGUGUAUGGUGGCAUCUGAAGACAGAUCACAGCUACUGACUAUACCAGAAGAAGGACCUGAGGAAGAGGACGAGACUGAAGUGAUGAAGACAGAUAAAACAAAAGAAGAUGCUGAUGCUGCCGAGAAGAUCUACAGUGAAGAAGAAGUAUCAUUCCAUGUGAAUGCCGAAGAUCUUUCUGAAGAUGAUACUGAGAAGAGCCACAAGAAGAAGAAGAAGAAGAUGAAGUGGUGCUUCUUCUGCUGUCCCCUGCCCUUCAGAAGAAGUAGCAAGAGGCAGUAAUUAUAAGAAUACCCGUGUUAGAGCCCUGCAUUGGGACUGGGAUCCCGCGGGACCCAACGGAAAGUGAUACUGUUUAAGUGAUAAUGUAGCUAUAAGAUACGAUAGGAUAAGAUAUGCUGAGUUAAAAUAUAAGAUAGGCUAAGACGAAAUAUAUUAAUAUAAGCUAAGUUGAAAUAUAAUAAGAUAAGAUAGGUUAAGUUAUAUAAGAUAGGCUAAGUUAAAAUAUAAUAAGAUAGGUUAAGUUAAGAUAUGACAAGAUAGGCUAAGAUAAAAUAUGAUAGGCUAAGUUAACAUAUG